CACGCACAGAGUUUGGCCACCAUGACAUGCAGUUUUAUAACCUUAUUAUAUAUGCAGUUUUGACUUUGAUUUUAAAUCUAUUUUUGUCAGCAAAAAAAAUAUAGUAAUAUAAAGUUUUAACGGCUACAAAGUUUGCUACUUUAAGAUGACAUCUGUUAGGACACCGUCCUAACCUCCCUACCAUCUUUCUCUCCAUGUUCUGCGGAAACACCAAAAAAAUUUGACCUUUUUUUGUUUCUUACUGUCAUCCAAGGUUGUUUGCCCUCGCCUGGGACACAAAACGAAAAAACAGAAAAAAAUAAAAAUAAAAAUAAAAAUUUAUAUUUUCAUGGUGGUUUUGUUCUUUUUGGGGUUUUGAUGUGUUUGCCAUUUCCAUUCUGGUUAUCCAUGGAAUCUGGUUUGUACUUCGCAACUUCCAAAAUUUGAAACUCCUGAAAAAGAAUCUUGGGACGUUAAAUUGUCUUAUCGAACUCUCUUUCCAGAGUGUUUCUUUUUUUAAAACGUAGACAAAGUGUUUGAAAGAAUAUUUAUGUGAUCAAAUUUUUUUUUUUUUGGUUAUCGAGACCAUGCAUAACGAAUCUGCUUAGUUCAAAGAUUUUCUGAUUUGUAUACCUCGUUUGGUUGGAAAACAGAGGAUUUUGAAAAAGACUCGAAACAGGGUAAAAAAAAAAAAAAAAAAAUUUAACAAAUGAGUUGCUUUUCGUGUUUUUCAUCCCAUGAAAAAAAGGCACCUAGGAGAGCAAAUAGUGCAAGGAGGGCACAAUUGCCUCCUGCUGUCCAUAAAGAACCCGUUUCACAGCCUCACAGACCUGUUACAGAAAUUCCUAGAACAAAGACCCCAGCACCAGCUGAAGCUGCAAAUAAAGAAACUGGUAACAACAAUAUUGCUGCACAAACUUUCACAUUCCGUGAACUUGCUACAGCAACAAGAAAUUUCAGACAGGAAUGUCUGAUUGGUGAGGGUGGAUUUGGAAGGGUUUAUAAGGGGCGGCUUGAGAAAACUGGCCAGGUUGUAGCCGUGAAACAACUUGACAGAAAUGGAUUGCAAGGGAAUAGAGAAUUUCUUGUUGAGGUGUUGAUGUUGAGCCUCUUACACCAUCAAAAUUUAGUAAAUCUUAUUGGAUACUGUGCUGAUGGUGAACAGAGGCUUCUGGUUUACGAGUACAUGCCCUUGGGAUCUUUGGAAGACCAUUUAUUGGAUUUUCCACCAGAUCAACAACCUUUAGAUUGGUACAAGAGAAUGAAAAUAGCUCUGGGUGCUGCCAAAGGUUUAGAAUACUUACACGAUAAGGCAAAUCCUCCAGUGAUCUAUCGCGAUUUAAAGUCCUCCAACAUCUUGUUGGACAAAGAUUUCAACGCAAAACUCUCUGAUUUUGGACUAGCCAAGCUAGGACCUACAGGAGACAAGACACAUGUAUCAUCCAGGGUAAUGGGAACAUAUGGGUAUUGUGCCCCAGAGUAUCAAAGAACAGGCCAACUCACAUUGAAAUCAGAUGUAUACAGUUUUGGAGUUGUUUUGUUGGAGCUGAUAACUGGAAGGAGAGCAAUUGACACCACCAGAAAUAGUGAAGAACAAAAUCUAGUCUCUUGGGCACAUCCAAUAUUCAAGGAACCUCAUAGGUAUGGAGAAUUGGCUGAUCCACUCAUUAAAGGAGAUUUACCUGUUAGAGGAUUGAACCAAGCGGUGGCGGUUGCAGCCAUGUGCCUUAAUGAGGAAGCUUCGGCUCGCCCCUUGAUGAGUGAUGUGGUCACUGCUCUAAGUUUCUUGGGGACAGAACCAGAACAUGGUGCCACAGCUAUAAGUCUUCCUUCUCCACCAAUUGAGCAUAACAUGUCUGGUGCACAGGCGAAACCUGAAGACGAAGAAAGCAUGAUCAAGGAGCGGGAACGAGCUGUAGCAGAAGCAAUGGAAUGGGGUGGUUCACAUUCAAGACACAAGACAAAAUCACGAUCUACAAGUGCUUCAUCAUUGUAAAAGAUGAAUAUGUAUACAUGUACAAAACAAUGAAAAAAAUGUUAAUAAUGUUUCCACAAACUUCUUGAUUCUUUUUUUUUUUUUUUUUUUUUUUUUUUCCUUUUCUCUCCAAAGGCGAUUCUUUUCUUUUAUUUUGAAGAGCGUGUAAAAAAAUUGUUGGGUUGUCAACAAGCUCUGAGUUGAAUAAAGUGAGAGAGUAAAGCUAUCUGUGAAAAUAUUUGAUGCCAAGAUCAAUAAGAAAGAAGCUGUUA